AAUAAUGGUCUUAUUGAGCCCUUGUUAAGCUUAUUGUGAACCACAACUGGAUUCAGCUUUUUUUUUUGUUUUCACCACAUCAUCACCGUCUACUGGAACGUCAGGUCUCAGGCAGUGACUGACACAGCCUACUUAAUGCUGAAGCUGAUGUCAGUCAUAGUCUGACAGACUGGUCACAGAGUAGCAUCGCUGAGCCUUCUCUUCUUUUUAGCCUUAUUAAACCAUCUCAAAAUGAGAGCAAUCGCCAUGUCUUCCAGCUCAGCAAUGGUGCGGAUUCUUAUAAAGGGUGGUAAGGUGGUGAAUGAUGACUGCACCCAGGAGGCUGAUGUCUACAUUGAGAAUGGCAUCAUCCAGCAGGUGGGAAAGGAGCUAAUGAUCCCUGGAGGGGCCAAAGUUAUUGAUGCCUCAGGGAAACUUGUGCUUCCAGGGGGCAUCGACACCAGCGUCCACCUGGAGGAAAGCUUUAUGAAUGCAAUCACGGCAGAUGAUUACUACAGUGGCACCAAGGCUGCAUUAGUUGGCGGUACAACAAUGGUGAUUGGACACGUUCUGCCAGAGAAGAAUGAGUCUCUGAUGGAUGCCUACGAGAAGUGCCGGAGCUUGGCAGACCCCAAAUCCUGCUGUGACUAUGCUCUACAUGUGGGAGUUACUUGGUGGGGACCCAGGGUUAAAGCUGAAAUGGAGAAGCUGGUGAGAGAAAAAGGAGUGAAUUCCUUCCAGAUGUCCAUGGCUUAUAAGGACAUGUUCAUGCUGAGGGACAGUGAGCUCUUCCAGGCCCUACAGCACUGUAAGGACAUCGGGGCAAUUGCAAGGGUUCAUGCUGAGAACGGGGAGCUGGUGGCAGAGGGUGCAAAGGAAGCAUUAGACCUGGGUAUCAGUGGCCCAGAGGGGAUUGAAAUCAGCCGACCUGAAGAGCUGGAGGCAGAAGCAACACAUAGAGCCAUUACCAUCGCCAACAGGGCCCACUGCCCAAUCUAUCUUGUGAAUGUAUCCAGUAUGUCUGCAGGAGAUGUAGUGGCUACAGCCAAGAUGCAAGGUAAGGUGGUCCACGGAGAAACAUCCACAGCCCACGCUGUCCUGAAUGGCAUGCAGUACUAUCAUCAGGACUGGUCCCAUGCAGCCGCCCAUGUCACCGUGCCUCCUCUCCGCCUGGACCCCAAUACUCCAAAUUUCUUAAUGAGUCUGUUGGGAAAUGACACUCUGAAUGUUUUGGCGUCCGAUCACCGUCCAUUUACACUCAAACAGAAAGCCAUGGGCAAGGAUGACUUCACAAAGAUCCCCCAUGGCCUUCCAGGCAUUCAGGACCGCAUGAGUGUCAUCUGGGAGAAAGGAGUGAUUGGAGGUAAAAUGGAUGAGAAUCGCUUUGUUGCUGUCACAAGCUCAAAUGCAGCCAAGAUCUACAACCUCUACCCCAGGAAAGGAAGGAUCAUCCCUGGAGCAGAUGCUGAUGUGGUGGUUUGGGAUCCCGAGGGAUCCAAGAUCAUCUCAGUGGAAAACCAGGUCCAGGGAGGUGAUAUAAAUCUGUAUGAAGGUCUCCGUUGUCACGGGGUGCCCUUGGUCACCAUUAGCCGUGGGCGCCUGGUCUAUGAAAAUGGCAUGUUCACAUGUGCUGAGGGUUCUGGGAAGUUUUGCCCAUUGAGGACUUUCCCAGAUUACCUCUACAAGAAGAUGGUUCAGAGGGAAAAGUGCCAGGCUGUGAAAGCUGUGGAGCGGGAACCCUACACAGGUGAAGUUGUUGCUGUGGCUAAUUCUGGAAAGAGGGACUUGGGUGCUCCAGAUCUGGACACUCCAACGCGCCCCUGCACCAGGCAUGGAGGCAUGAGGGACCUCCAUGAGUCCAGCUUCAGCCUGUCUGGUGCUCAGAUUGAUGACAGCAUUCCAAAAAGAUCCUCUGCCAGGAUCUUGGCUCCUCCUGGAGGUAGAUCCAGCGGAAUCUGGUAACCAAUCAGAGGCUUGUGACAUAAAGUGGAAGAAUGUCACUUGAGGAAAAUUUACAACCAAGCAAGAUUUGUUUUUGUCUCUGGAAUAUUACAAUAUGUGUUGAAUAAUGGAUUUUUUUUUAUUUAAACUGAGCACAGUUAUUUAAAAUGGUAAUAUUGUAUGAAUUUGUGAUAAUAAUAUCGCAGCAAAGCCAGGGAACAUGUUUUGCUGUGAGGUUACAGCAACCAAAUUCCAGUCAAAUGUCAACCAAAUAAGGACCAGAUAAAACAAAAAGAGUUUGAGUUGAAUUACUUUGGUUAAUGGACCAUGAUAGGAAAAGUCUGUGUAUCUUACAAAUAGUUCUUGAAAAUGAAGGUGAGUCUUGGUUUUAUGAUGCGAUUGUGUUACCUCACUGUAAUAUACAAUUUUGCACUUGUAUCAUGUACUAUUUAGAUGCCUUUUUACAUGAUUUAAUGUCACAAAAUGUCUUUUUACUGUGAGCUAUGGUGAAUGAAAUGUAAUUAAUUAUUAUAAGGAUGCUGACAUGAAUGAGGUUAAUUAACAAAUAAUUGCUAGCGAUCAAUUGAUGAGCAAAAAUAAGUCAUGCUUUCCUUUGUAAUAGUUUUAUUUUUAUAUAACAUUAUUUGUGUUGUUGUUUUUCGUUAUAAUUAAUUCAUCUAGAAGAAGGAGAUUUGUGUUCAGUGGUUCAACAUUGUUAUAUUAGCAUUUCAGAUCAUGUUUACAGCGUUUAGCAGAACAAACUUCUGUUCCACCUCCACCAAAAUGUGAAUGAGCCUCUGCUGUGACUCCUGUGCAUGUUAACAUGACUAGAUCUACAUCAAGCACAACUAGUAAUUAUGUUAAGCAGCAUUCUUUGUGAUCUGAUUCAUUUCCACAGAGAGCAAAAAGUCUCACCCAGAUUGCCUUUUCACACCUUAAAACAACGAUGCCCUCAAAUGUUUUGUCCCACACCACCAGUGCAGAUCAUGACAUGUUGAUCACUGACAUUUCUUUUUUACAGAUCUGAUUUGUUCUGGUCUGAAAGGGCCGAGUGUAAAUGUUCCUCUGACUGACACUUCCAAUGUAACAUACCACUGUGAGCAUAUAGAGAAGAUGAAAAUCCUCUUUAGAAGAUGUUAGUUAAUGCCAAGUCUCCACAUGGGAUCAAAUGCCUUCUUAUGCCACCGAAAGUUUCUAUGUUUGUUUAGCAACUACAAAAAAGCACUGAUACUUACUUAAGCGCUCUGUUACUGUAGAUUUUGUGGUUCUUAUUUCCUUAAAUUUACAUGCAAAUAAUUGUACCUGAUUGUAUUCUGUUUUUGUUAAGUAUAAGCCCACAGCUUACUGUUUGGUCUCUGGACAUAAUUCACUUUGGUCUUUUCUCUCCCAACUGUACACUGGUGCUGAACAAUGUGUGAUCACAUUGAAUUCCUGUCUCUUAUUUUAUUUUAUUGCAGCUCUUUAUCACAUGAUUUGAGUGCAAAUAAACCACAAUGAAAUCAA